CAAGACUGAAUUUCCUCAAUAUUUUGAUAUUUCAUUGAGUUAAUUACAUAGACAGAUAAGAUAUUAAGUAUAAUAUGUCUUGGAAGUAUUUCAAGCAAGCUAUAAACGUAGGAUGUUAUUCAUUGGGUGGAUUGUCAUUGUAUUAUUUGAUAAGUAAUGAAAAGUAUAGAAAAGUUCAUAAUUCCUGGAUCUCGGAUUUAAAGCCACCGACUACAAAAUGGGAUAGCAAUUGGGAUCAUCGAGAUCCGAGUGCCUUAAUUAAGUCAUCAUUGCCAGAAAAUCCAACUUUAGAGCAGCAAAAUAAGUAUAAUGAUGAUUUGGAAAAAUUCCAAGCAAAAGCUGUAAGGCACAUCAUAUUAAUUCGUCAUGGGCAGUACAAUACUCAUGCACUGACAGAUAAAGGAAGAAUUCUCACGGAAUUAGGAAGAGAGCAGGCAAAGAUAUCUGGACUGCGAUUGAAUGAAUUAAAAAUUCCAAUUACUAAUUUCGUAAUGUCUACAAUGACUAGAGCGCAAGAAACUGGAAUCAUCAUCCUCGAUCAGCUGGUUGAUAAAAAGUUUAAAAUUGAAAAUUGUUCCUUAAUCGAAGAAGGUGCUCCAAUUCCACCGGAACCAAAAGUUGGUCACUGGAAACCUCAGAAUUGGCAGUUCUUUGUUGAUGGCUCAAGAAUUGAAGCUGGAUUUCGGAAGCAUUUCCAUCGAGCAAACCCAGAACAAAAAGAAGAUUCAUAUACAGUCCUAGUGUGUCACGCAAAUGUUAUUAGGUAUUACGUCUGUCGAGCAUUGCAAGUUACACCUGAAGCAUGGUUAAGAAUGUCUCUUCAUCAUGCAUCUAUUACUUGGCUGUCAAUCUAUCCAGUAAAUGGCAGAGUAAUGUUAAAAUUAUUUGGAGAUUGUGGACAUAUGCCAAAGAAGAAUUUAUCUACCGCGUAGAUAUUUUAUGCUUAAUGGUUUUUUCGAAGAUGACUUCCCACAAAGGGCCCGUUCACUUAUUACGUUACGCAAAAAACGACUUUUUUCACCCC